CGUGUUCCACCUCACGGAAGUCACAGAGAUGAUCCAUUAGCGCCCUAAAACCAAGCGUUGUCGGUCUUGUAAUGUUGCGGUACUCCACAGGAUACAGACUCAGGACUGUCUCGGUCUAAAAGAGAGCCGGUGUUGUCCGGAAACUCUCGAAACCGGAGGCGCUGAGUUGGUGGGCGAGCCUGUCUGCCGUUUUGCAGGCUAGCUCGCUAGUCAAGUAGCCGUCCAGCUGCCUUGGCGACGAGCUGAGUAACUAAUCUAAAGACAGCCGUCGAGGCGGCUUGCAGUUAUUUCCUUUUACGGUCGCCUUGUAGUGCGUAGCCAUGGCAACUCGGCGACUGACCGAUGCCUUCUUAUUAAUGCGGAACAAUGCAAUCCAAAACCGGCAGAUUUUGGCUGAGCAAGUGAGUACAUACGACCCCCGUCGUACUCUGAGUACACGUAGCAAUGCUGCGGAGUUUGAUGAGUUGGCCGAUGACCGUAUGGCUCUGGUGUCAGGCAUCAGUUUGGAUCCAGAGGCCGCUAUUGGUGUCACGAAGAGACUCCCACCUAAAUGGGUGGAGGGAGUGGAUGAGAUUCAGUAUGAAAUCACACGUAUUCGUCAGAAGAUGAAGGAACUGGCCAGUCUGCACGACAAACACAUGAACCGGCCCACGCUGGAUGACAGCAGUGAAGAGGAGCACGCCAUCGAGAUCACUACACAGGAAAUUACACAGAUGUUUCACAGGUGCCAGCGGGCUGUGACGGGGCUCCAGACUCAGAGUCGUCAUUGUACAGAGCAAGAAAACCGGCUGUUGACUAAUGUGGUCUCCUCACUGGCCCAGAGCCUUCAAGAACUGUCAAUCAACUUCAGACACACACAGUCAAGCUACCUGAAACGGAUGAAAAACCGUGAAGAAAGGUCCAAGCACUUUUUUGACUCUGGUCCUCUUGUGGAGGAAGAUGAAGAUAUUGCGCUAUAUGACAGAGGAUUUACAGAUGACCAACUAGUGCUGGUUCAGCAAAACACAGUGGUGGUAGACGAGCGAGAGAGAGAAAUUCGACAAAUUGUUCAGUCCAUCUCUGACCUUAAUGAGAUAUUUAGAGAUCUUGCUGGAAUGGUUGUUGAACAGGGCACAGUCCUCGACAGAAUCGACUUCAAUGUGGAGCAAGCUUGUGUCAAAACAGAGGAGGGUCUGCAGCAGUUGCAGAAGGCUGAACAGUACCAGAAGAAAAACCGCAAGAUGCUGGUCAUUUUAAUUCUCUUUGUCAUAGUUGUUGUUCUAAUCCUUAUUCUGUUCGGGACAAAGUUUAGAUGAAUAAUUCCAUGGCCUCUAGGAGGGAUCUACCUGUAUGUAUGAGAGAAACUGAUGUGUGUGUGAAGAAGGUUUAGAAGGUGCUUCCGUUUUAAAAUACUACACCACAAAGUGAAGAUAAGGACGCCCCCUGCUGACCAACAAGUGCAGUGUGCGGAGACAUUUGUGUGUUUAUUUCUGUUGUGAGAGCGUAAGUACUCGGGUUCCUUUCAGAGGGCCAUUUUUCUUCAUUUUUUCACACAAGCACAGUAAUUAGGAGUUUGGAUGUGAUAUGGCAGCAUGUUCAAUCCCAACUGCCCUUGUCGUCUAAUUUAAAGAGUAAACAGGAAGAUGAUGGGAAAGAUUAGGAAUCCUCGGAAGAUGAUCAUAUAUGCUUGGGUGAAUUUCUUCAAAAUAAUGUCCAGGUCAUAUUUUUUUGCUAGUUUCCCUCUCAACUCUCAUUACUGUAAUGCAGAAUUAAAUGAUUUAAAUCAAAAGUACAGUUGCAGUAUUACAGUAUUUGUUUACUGUAUAAUAGUGGUACAAAUCUAAUGGGAAUCACCAUUGAGAAUAAUGGAAAGUAAAUUAGAAUACGUUAAAGUAAAUGAGACUUUAGGGGGGAUUGGGCAUGGUCAUGAAAAUAAUUUCAUGAUGCAUAUUCUUUAUAUAUAUAUGUAUUCAUUUGAAUAUGGGGUUAAAUGUCACCUGAACGUGUUUCCUAAAGAUUCACCCACUUUCUUGGUUUCAGUAGUGAGCAUCUACAGUGAAACCUGUCAUAAACUGCCUUCGAAUCAGACCUUGCUUGUAAGGUUAGGAUGUGUGUAUUUGAUGCAAGCCCAAGAUGACAUUAUAAACUCUGUUUUCCUGUAAUUUAAUCUGACAUUUUGCUGUGUAUAUGUGUGUGUUUGAGAGGAGACGCAUUGACACUCCAGUCAACCACGACAGAAACUGAGGAAUGAGGAACAUAUACUCAAAGCAUUUACCAUGUUCAGUUUUUAUUGUUUAGUUUUUUUAUGUGGUAAAAUGAAAAUCAUUGGGAUUAUGACAGGGGUUGAAUGAACUGAAUGUUACAUUGUCCUUUACGAACGUCCAUUACUGAGAGUUAAUUCCUCUGUUCACGUCAGUGGAGGCGUUUAAUGCACCAUCAUGUGUUUAUCUACGUUUUAAUGACAGUGUUGUUAUGAAAUCAGUAUCAUUUCAGUGAAAAGCGGGAGUGAUUCAUCAAGAUUUUUUGAUUCACUCCGUUCCUUGCCUUAAAGAGUGAACAUUUGUGUGCUGAACUUGGAAUGUUUUUAAAGCUUUCCUUGUCCAUGUUUCAUUGGCUGGUGUUGUCACUGUUGUAUCCUUCAGUCUGACCUUUGAACUUAAACUGAACUUUGACCUUCAGUCUCAGACUGAAGCUCAGUGGGGUCGGCUGACUGACUAUAACUACUGUUCCCUGGACAAGAUGAAAUAAUUUAUUUUAGAUGCAAACACGUGUAUAGAGUUUAUGGAGUUCUAUUGUUGUCCGUUGGUAGUCCAAAGUCCUUUAAUUUCUUUGUUUAUUAUUGUAAUGAUGAUUUACUUUCUAAAAUCAAUUCCUGUUGGCUUUUGUGAAGGGUAAUUGCACCACUACUGUAUGAUGGGGUAAAAUCACGUUGUUGACCAUAUUAUUUUAUAAAUACAGAGACAGUUUAUUCUUGUUAUUUUAGAAGGUUUGAAAAAAUAUAACUGCCCAUUCAAGGCUUAAAUCCAUUUCAAGUGAUUUAUUCCAUGGUUUUGUGAUUUUUCACAUGGUUUUUAUAUGUGAAUAUAAUAUUUUUCUGCCAUUACGGUACUACUGUAUGCUAUAUGAACCUUCUGUAAACGCUGAACAGGUUUCUAAUGAAAUUAAAACAAACAA